ACACCUCCUCCAUCCUUACACCAGCUGGUUGGCCUUCUUUUGUUUACUCCAGCAGGAAGACUAAGUUACCAUGCAGUCAAAUUGUGCAACGGCGGAUGACACGUUUAUUACAAGGACCGAAUAACGGAAUCCGUGUGUCUCUGUUAACAAGGUAAAGGACCUUAUAAACUCACUGAAAGUGUGAACCUUCGUCAAGCUCACGUCAGGAUGAUGUUGCACAGAAAGGUACUAGAGCAGAGAGAAUGAUCUCACCUGAGUGUUACAUUUAGCCCACUGGCUCUGCAUUUGUGAAGGCCCUGACAGCCACAAGCGAACGAAGGCAAAAACAAGGUAAAGAUGUUUAGACCGUCUGAGACAGGCAGGCGGCGUGCAAAUGGGCAGCUGCCUGGUCGUGUUAGAGGGGUGGAAGUGGCCAGAGGCAGGGCGGGAUAUGGCUUCACCCUCUCAGGCCAGUCCCCCUGCGUGCUGAGCUGCGUUCUGAAGGGUAGCCCAGCUGACUACGUAGGCCUUCGCGCCGGCGACCAGAUCCUCAGCGUCAAUGACAUCAAUGUGUCCAAAGCAUCCCACGAAGACGUGGUCAAACUGAUUGGCCGCUGCUCAGGCGUGCUGCACCUGGUCAUUGCUGAGGGCAAGCAGCAUGGUGGUGGGGGGCAGCUGGACUCUUGCUCCAGUGACGAGGAGCUGGGCUUCCAUGACCAUAAAAGCCACUGGCUCCGGCCCAAGGUGGACUCCAAGACUCUGGGCAUAAACCGGGCGGAGCGGGUAGUAGCUGAAAUGCAGUCUGGUGGAAUCUUCAACAUGAUUUUCGAGAGCUCCAGCCACUCUUCCAGCAGCUCAGAGAAGGCAGUGGCCUGCGCAUCCCGCUCCAAACGCAGGCCACUCUCUGAACCAGACGUCUCAUUCGGCGAUGCUGACGCAUGCAGAAAUGACCCCAACCUCCUAUCCGAGGAGGAGAUGGCCCGAGUGCUGCACGACGACUCUGUGUUCAUAGAUGUGUUUGAAGCAGAGCGGCAGGAUGAUUUUGAGGGCAUCCUCAACGUAGGCAUGAUCGUGGGCUACCUGGGGUCUAUUGAGUUGGCGUCCACCAGCGCAAACCUGGAGAGUGACAGUCUGCAGGCCAUCCGGGGCUGCAUGCGGCGCCUGCGAGCUGAACAGAAGAUUCACUCAUUGGUCCUCCUCAAGGUUAUGCAUGACUGUGUGCGGCUAUGCAACGAGCGUGGUGCCGUUCUGGCCGCCUACCCAGCCGAAAAGUUGGCCUUCAGUGCCGUGUGCCCAGACGACCGCCGCUUCUUCGGCUUGGUCACCAUGCAGGCCACUGAUGACCACAGCAUGAGUCGGAACAGUGAGGAAGACCAGGGCUUGCGGACCUCCUGCCACGUCUUCAUUGUGGAUCCAGAGCUUUGUCACCACAAGAUACACCAGGGGGUGGCCCACCGCUUCGGCUUCAAUUGCACUCCGGAUCCGGACACGGGUGGCUGUCUGGAGUUCCCCCCUACCUCCCAGCCUCUGCUGCAGUUUGUGUCCGUGCUUUACCGGGACAUGGGCGAGUCUAUUGAGGGGAUGCGGGCACGAGCUUUCCUGGAUGGAGACCUGGAUGCUCAACAGAACAACAGCACCAGCAGCAACAGCGACAGUGGCAUAGGCAACUUCCUGCCUGAGGAAAAGAACAACCGUGUCCUUCUGGUGGACCUGGGUGCUAACCCUGCCCGCCAUGUGCCCACUGGAUUAUGGGAAACUCCUCAGACUGCCCGUAACCCCGGCGCUCAGGGUGGUCUCUCUCCUCCUCCACCUCCUGUAUCCCACCGUAACGGCUACAGACACGAGCAGUUCCCAGAACACUCUCAGCCACACCCACACUCACAUGGAGACCCGUCCUCUCUUUCAAGCAGGCACUUAAGCCACGCCUCCAGGCUGGACAUGUCCGGCCUCCCGACACGCCAUCAUUACCCCCCCCAUGGCAAGAAGUCAGCAGGGGCAGGGACAGGACAGCGCUGGCUGCCUGUUCACGUCCUGAGAGACUGGAGGCACGGCCACAGCAGUGACCAGGAGUCCUACGCCGAGUCAACUGACGGCUGGUCCAGCGCUAACUGCAGCACCCUCCCGCCCCCCAUGAGUAAGAUUCCGGCUGAUCGGUACCGUGCUGCAGGCGAAAUCGCCUCCCAGCCUCACCGGCUCCAUGCACAGAAGGAUGAGUGGGCCAAGAAGCUGUUUGGCACGGAGAAGAGUCUUCGGGAGCACCACCAGCUGCCCCAGCAACACAAUGGGAAGAGGACGAAAGACUCAGAGAAAAAGGGCGGAAGAUUUCGGGGUGUCACUAUGGGAUUUCCCCAGCGCUCCACUGGGAGACGAUCGUUCGGACGCUCUAAACGUCUCAGCCUGGCUCGCUCACUGGACGACCUGGAGUCUGCAGCUGUCUCCGAUGGCGAGCUGAACAGUGCGGAUCUGAAGGGCUGCGGUAGCGAUAACAGCCUGAACAGCAAUGCCAGUCUACCCAGCGUGCAGUGCCACAGACGCCACACGGAGCGCCGCGUUGCAUCAUGGGCCGUCUGCUUCGAGCGACUGCUGCAAGACCCUGUCGGAGUCCGCUACUUCUCAGAGUUUCUGAAGAAGGAGUUCAGUGAGGAGAAUAUCCUGUUCUGGCAAGCGUGUGAAUUUUUCAGCCAUGUUCCGGAAACCGACAAGAAACAGUUAUCCCAGAGAGCGAGAGAGAUCUACAACAGCUUCCUGUCCAGUAAGGCCACCACACCGGUCAACAUCGACAGCCAGGCGCAGUUGGCUGACGACAUCCUCAACGCGCCAAGACCUGACAUGUUCAAGGAGCAGCAGCUACAAAUUUUUAACCUGAUGAAGUUCGACAGUUACACCCGCUUCCUGAAGUCUUUCCUGUAUCAGGAGUGUAUGCUGGCAGAGGUGGAGGGCCGUCCCCUCCCGGACCCUUACCACAUCCCCAGCAGCCCCACAUCCAAGCACAGCACCAGCUCAGACCGCUCCAAUCUCUCAACACCCAAGAAGGAGGAGAAGAAGAGUAAAUCAGGAAAAUCGCUGAACGAGGAGAGCAAAGAUGAGCAGAGCGAUAAAAAGAAAGGUAUUUUUUUCUCCUGGUCCAGGAACCGGAGCUUUGGGAAAGGACCCAAAAAGAGAGAUCUGGGAGAGUACAGUUUUUCGGGCAGUAAUGGACGGAGAGAGUCACAGGGCUCUUUGUCAUCUGGGGCGAGUUUGGAGCUUGGCACCUCUGCUUCUGGCAAAAACGAGGGAGAGGCGUCACGUAACUCCAUGUCGUUAUCUGAGCGUUCCGUGCGUUACUGCAACAUUAACCUGCCGGAUGGUUCCUGUUGCUCAGUGCCCAUAAGGCCAGGCGUGUCGAUCAGGGAGAUUCUGCUGGGCCUGUGUGAGAAACUCUGCAUUAACCUGGCAGCUGUAGACCUGUUUCUGGUGGGAGGAGAGAAGCCUUUAGUAUUAGACCAGGACUGCAUGACACUGUGUUCCCGCGACCUGCGACUAGAGAAGCGUACAUUAUUCAGGCUGGAUCUGGUGCCCAUAAACCGCUCUGUCGGACUGAAAGCUAAACCCACUAAGCCUGUGACUGAGGUGUUGAGGCCAGUCGUGGCCAAGUACGGCCUGCACUUAGGAGACCUAGUGGCCAGGAUUAGUGGGGAGAAAGAGCCACUGGAUCUCGGCCUGCCCAUUUCCAACCUUGAUGGACUCAGGGUGGUGCUGGAGGCAGCUGAACACGUCCCGGGAAAAGACAAACAGAAACUGGCCCCAGCAAAGAGCCAUGGGCCACCGCUCUCCACACGAAGCCAGUCUGCCACAGGGGAGGACAGAUCGUCAGGGAAGGCUACGUCUGUCAAAACCAGGGCCCAGGUGGAAAAACGAAAACAGAAAAAGCUUAAUAUAGAUGAAGCCGAAGAAUUCUUCGAGCUCAUAUCCAAAGCACAGAGCAACCGAGCUGACGACCAGCGGGGUCUGCUGAACAAAUCUGACCUCGUCCUGCCCGACUUCCUGCGCCUGGACCCAGAAACGAACCCCAGCCACGAGCCCCUCGGCUCCUCCUCCGCCUCACAUAAGCCCCGCCCACGCUCCAAGGAGAAUGGCUCCGCCCUCAGCGCCAGUCACCAGUCGCAGAGCCUGGAUUCGGCUGUAGAAGUUCAGGGCCCUCGCCGCGCCUUGAUGCCACUUCACAGAAACCCCGCCUCUUCGCGAAGCCACAGUGGGAUGUCCUUGGGGACUUCGGAGUGGCAGCGCGAGGGCGGGGCCCAAGCACUGGAGGAGGAGGAGAAUGGAAUGGACCUGACGCUAGUUGCCGAGGGCGACAUCACGAGCCCCAACAGCAAGCUCCUCCCCCCGUCACCUUUGCCCCUCCCCUCUUCCCCAGGUAGGCCCCGCCUCCUCAGGGAGGAUGCUUACCAGGACAGCUGGGGCCAGCCAGGUACCUCUCCUGUGUGAACUGUGCUCCUCACACUCGCACACCUGCGUUCUUCCUGAUGAUUGUGUGUGUGUGUGUGUGUGUUUUAUCGAGUGUUGUGGACAUCCCUCUUUUUAAGCCCUCUGCCAAACUUUGGCAAAGCCGCCACUCUCCCUUGUAUAUACUUCACCCUCUAAGCAAAGCACUUUACUGAACUAUUGGAACAGAGACCUAUAGAUACAUAUAUAUAUAAAUAUAUAUAUAUGCUAUAUAACAUUCUUUUAUUGCCUUUAUUAGAAGGGUUUUACUUUUACCUUUCAAACAUCUGGCCACACCAACAUGACAAUCAUUUGUCAUUAAGCCUCCACUCUUUCAGGAAGUUCAAUAGGGUUGAUUGUGGACAGUGUGAUUGUAGGUGAGUGGUGAAGUUCAGCCGUCUUGCUCUCUCUGAGUGUGCCUCCUGCCCUCCUCCUGGCUGUUCUUCCGAUGGCCCCCAACAGGGCCCCACCUACUGGACUGGACUAAAUUCAGCCUCAACACUAAACACGAACAAGGUACAACAAGUAGCAUUUUUACACCUUGCCCUUCAGCCACUUAUUAUUGCCUCAUUGAAGGUUACAUGACUGGCCGCAACAUCAGAAGAGCAAGCAAUCCCUCUUUAUCCUGACUGCUGUACAAAACAACGGCUUUAACUCAGCCUGCAGACCACUAUUGUAAAACAAUGACAUCAUUAGGUAAUGUGUAAAAUCAUGCUUGUUGUACUUUUUAGGAGGAAGGGAUGUGAAUAAGCGCAUUUCACUGGUUUUGGUAGAAACAUAUUCAUCACAAGUGCAAACACAGGCCUCAACUGUCCAUGGCGACCAAUGGCAGGUCCUCCAUUGGCGUGUCAAUCAAAUCAGGAUGAAUUAAGUUCUGAAAGAGUACUGAUUUAGAUAAUCUUCCGACUCCUCAUGACCUCAGAUUCCCGUACUGUGCCAUUCUUCAACUUGAGUGACAAGUCAAGAGAUACUGCUUUUGUUUCUUCACCAUCUGUCUCUUCCAACAAGCAAUUCAACAAUGUAUUGACAAUGUUUAUGCAGCUAUCAUCACAACUGCCGUGUUCUUCAGUGCUAUCCUAGUUUUCUCUAUUAUCUUACAUAUGGUAAUAUAAUCCUGACACAACUUUAAUUUAUCCCAUUUGUUUUUAUUUGAAACGUACCUUUCGCUAAAUGACAAAGAAAUACUAAUUGUGUACAGAUUUGGUUUGUUUUUCCGAGAUGCGAGCAUUGUUGAAUUGCCUGCCAUUUUGCUCUUGACACUGAGAAUCCACUUUCGUUUUUCUGUAGCAGUCUUUUUGAGAUGACCGGUUCCCGCCGGUCAGUGCUAUAUUUCUGCAGUGGUGUAAAUAGAGUUAAAUAAAUGUCAGAGGUGAGAUCCAU